UUUCAUUCAUUCAAGCGGCCGCCGCUGUUGCUGUUGCAGUUGCAAAAGGCAAGGUUACCUGUCAACACAGUAAAGUUGUUUUGACACUUUUUGACAAACUAGUUUUGGAUCCCAGUUCUCCUCAGGGAAGCACAAUGAAUCCCGCUGCCACCCCCACACCGAAGCCUGACACGCAGGACGGCAGAUGGAUGAAUGUCCAUAACCGCUACGUGAGUGAAGCAAAGGAGAAAGAACCAGAAGUAAUAAUGAUAGGCGAUUCGCUCAUUCAGCAUCUUGAGCAUUUAGAUUACUGGAACAGAGUCUAUGCCCCCAUGCACACCCUAAACUUUGGUAUCGGUGGGGAUGAGACGCAGCAUGUACUUUGGCGUAUUUCAAAUGGUGAACUAGAUAAUGUUAAACCUAAGGUAGUUGUCAUCUUAGCAGGAACAAACAAUAGUGGAUCUUCAGAAGAAAUCGCUGAAGGAAUUCUUGAAAUUGUGAAGGUUGUCCGCGAUAAGCAACCCGACGCCUAUAUAGUCUUAUUGAGCCUGUUGCCUCGUGGUCACCUUCCUAAUCCUCUGCGGGACAGAAAUGAGGCAAUCAAUGUUAUUAUUAAGGAAAAGGCAUUAGCCAUGAAUAAAGUGGAGGUGCUGAGUAUUGGCCAAUGCCUUGUUCAGCCUGAUGGGACCAUCUCCCACCACGACAUGUAUGAUUAUCUUCACCUUACUAAUGCUGGGUAUGAAAAGGCAUUUGAGCCAUUGGCUGAGCUUCUCCAGCAACUGCUCAGUGAAGGUGAAGUGGAGCAUGACUUAACACCUUCAGAGUAAUUUUCUCAAAUUUCCUCACAGCACCUGAGACUGAUGCAAAGUGUGAAAUUAUCAGAAUUGUUCUCAGUGUAGCUGAGAGUAUUCAAAAUAAGCAUUAAUACAAUGUUCACAGCUUUGCACUUUUUAUGUUAUUUUUAUUGAUAUGGCUAGAAGAUCUAAAAAGUGAAAUGAAAUGAGAUACAAGGUCAAUUAUUAAAUCAUUCUACUGAUGACACGUGCAUGUUCAUAAAUUUGGUGGAUGAUAUUUCUGAACAAUUUUCACCAUAAUUAUAAUAAUGCUAAGUUACCUUGCACUCACUGCCUCUAUUUUCUUUUGUGGGUUGACUUGAUCCAUUCAAUUUUGAUGAAUGUUAAGCUUCUUUUUAUGACCAAUUCAUGAAUGCUUAGCUUCUAUUUAUAUUCCUAUUUUUAUUUUGUUUUGUUUUGCUUCAGACCAAGUGUCAAGUUAUGAACAUCUUACCAAAGGCUAGUUUUUCUUCUUCUUUAUUUAUUCACCUGUUACUGGUGCUUGUUUUACCGGUAAUAAUAUUCUAAGUAAUAAUUUAAGUUAUGCUAGGGUAUAUUCUGAGACUGUGAAAUGACGUGCUUUUGAUCUGCUGUUUUAAGGGCUUGCUCCAUCCUCUCUGUUGUGUGGUGUUUCUAGAUUUAAGAAUGUUGUCAACUCUGUGAUUAAAUCCACCAUAUGUACUUAUUGAUAAUAAUAUCCUAUUAUGAUGGUUGUGUUUUGAAAAAGUGUUGCUUAGUCUGUCUUCAUGUAUUCAGAGGUGCCGCCAAAGAUUCAUUUUAAUCUUUUUGGUCAUUCUCUGAGUUGGAAAGGGUAACAUAUUGCUUCUGGCAGCUUUAUAUAAUUUUGACUUAUGGUAAUGUUAUGUGAGGCCACAGUUUUUAAAGCCGCAUAAGUUGUGAGUAGCUUGUUUUUUGUUCACAUUCAGUGACCUUAAAGUUUAUUUCACCCACCCAGAGAUAACUAGUUGCAGUUGUGGAGUUGUACUUGUGAACUGCAUCUCAUUUAUAUUUUUGCAAAGGAAUUACAUUAGCUGUGAAUUUCCCUUCAGUGUUACCAUGUAUAUUUUUUUACUUAGCUCAAAGUAAGCUGCAAUUGAGUGGACAUUCCUUCAAAAAACUCCAUGUGCUUUCUCUGUGCAGAUGGGCAUGUGAUCUCAGAGCACUGUUGUGUUAUUUUUUAAUGUUGCCUCAUAAGUUUUGCUUUUUGUACUUAUUUUCAAUGGAAACACCAAAUACAAACCGAAUUUCAGAAA